AUGGCCAAAGCACGAAAUCUGGACAGCCGGCUCAAAGUCAUGCGCAAGAGACGGGGCAGAUCACUACAUAGGAAGAUUGUCGAGUACGCCGGCCUCUUUAACCUCGAUAUUACCAUCGUCGCCCGGGAUAAGAUAAACGGGGAGUAUGAAAUAUUCCAACCCACACGAGAUAUUAACUUCCCCCCUGCCAUGAAGGAUAUCGAACCAACAAUCUUACACACUGGUCGAAAAGGGAAAGUGAACACCGAUUUCGUUCGUUUUCACCAACGGGAGCUGGUCCGUAUGGAGAAGUUGGUCAGGCGUUUCAAAGUACCUAAACCACCAAGGUCUGGCUGA